GGUUCUCUGUAAACAACCAAAUCCCAAUUCUCAUUCCCGCUCGCGAUGCUCAUUGAAGAAGAAGAAGAAGAAAUCGUAACGGAGCAGCUCGAUCUCGCCGAUGACUCCGAUUACGCCGCCUCCCAACGACAGGGUUUAGGCGACGGUGUUCGAUUGGAUUCGGUCGAAAGGAGCGGAUUCGACAAGAGCUCGGAGUUCGAGAUCGUCUAUUCGAAGGUUAACGUCGCGAUCCAUCCAAGUCAGCUUGCAUCGGAGAGGAUUGAUGAUCGGUUGCGCCUCAUCAAGCAAGAACCUGAUGUCUUCUUGCCAUGGAUGCCAUUUAAGCCUAGUUAUGGUCGGGUUCGCUCAUUUGGACACAACUCAAACUCGAGUACCCUAGCAAAAGGUAGAGAUCUGUACACUGUCAAGGAUGUGCUGUUAAGUGAUAUACAUUCUGUCCGUAGGCAUACCCCUACACUUGGCUUGCAAUACAUAAUCAUUGCCCUAUCAUCAGGACUAGCAUAUCCUCCCCUUGAUUUCCACAGUGGAGGGGUUCGAGAAUGUUUUGCAGCACUAAAGCAGCAUGUUCUUAUUGUCAGGUCAUCAGAUGAUGCAAAUGUCUUUCUUGUGAAUAAUUUUCAGGAUCCUCUCAGAAGCUUGUCAUCUCUGGCAUUACCAAGGGCUCUUUCCAUCGCAAAAGAGGCAACUUUGCAAAAUUUAACUAAUUCAGUUUCUUCACUCGACUCACAGAGGCCUGAUGUGGACAAGUAUGAUGGGAGUUUCAGUACUUCAGAGUAUGGUGGAAGGCACAAGCAGAGAGUUAACGAUCCUGCUCAUGACAUUCCUCUUCAGCUUUUAGAGAAAUUUUCUCUACUGACCGAGUUUGCUUGGGAAACCGCUUCAAAUAUCUUUCACGAAAGUAAUGAAAUUGAUGCUUACGAGAAAAAAAAGAAGAAGGAUUCUUUUCGAGUCAUUGAAACUGUCUGUCUACAAAAUGAAACACAAGCAACUCCGGAGAAUUUGAAUACUUUGGAGUCUGAUGGGCUAAAUCUAAUGCGGGUUAAACCGAGGCAACGUCCUUUGGGUGUUGAAGAGUGGAUUGUCUUUUUAGACUCUGAAAGACGAAUCAUGGAUUCAAAGGCCUUGAGAAAAAGAAUAUUUUAUGGAGGGGUUGAACAUGGUCUGAGGAAGGAGGUGUUUUUUAUUGGGUUACAGGCAUAUGACUCGACAUUUGCUGAACAGGAAUAUCUUGCAACAGUUAAGAGAUCAGAAUAUGAAAUCAUAAAGUCACAGUGGCAGAACAUUUCUGCAACACAAGCGAGAUGGUUUACAAAGUUUAGGGAGAGAGGAGGCCUAAUUGAAAAGGACAUUGUGAGAAGUGAUAGAUCUGUCUCAUACUUUGAUGGAGAUGACAAUCCCCAUGUAGGAUGCUUACUUGAUGUACUGCUGACAUACUCAUUCUACAAUUUUGACCUUGGUUAUUGUCAGGGCAUGAGCGACUUCUUGUCACCGAUAUUAUUUGUAAUGGAAGAUGACUCAGAAUCAUUCUGGUGUUUUGUUGCUCACUUGCUCUCAGAACGUCUGGGACUAAACUUUAAUCGUGAUUGGAAUGGCAUGCAUUCUCAACUUUUUGCAUUGUCUAAGCUGGUGGAGCUUCUAGAUCAGCCACUGAACAACUACUUACAGCAAGACUGCUUUAACUACUUCUGUUUCCGUUGGAUUCUUAUACAGUUUAAAAGGGAACUUGAGUUCGAGCGAGUAACACGUCUAUGGGAGGUACUAAGGGCGCAGCAUCCAUAUGAGCACUUCCACUUGUACGUAUGUGUUGCUAUCUUGAAGAAGUGCCGAAGUAAGAUCGCAGGGGAGCAGACGGAUUUUGAUACUCUGUCGAAGUUCAUAAACGAGCUCAGUGGUCGCAUUGAUGUAGACGAGAUCGUAAGAGAUGCUGAGGCUCUAUGUCUCAAUGCUGGAGAGGAAGGUGCUGCUUGUAUUCCUACCGGAGCUCCACCAUCCAUUCCGGUAGUAGGAGAACCAGGUGACUAUAUUCUCAGCCUGGUGAAUUGUAACUGGGCGUUCAUGGUUGAAAUUGUUUUAAGCACUGAAUUGAUUGUUUUCUUUACUACUACAGUUGUUUGAAACUUUCGAGAUAGUUGCUUGGGACAUGGUGGUUUGUGAAAUAAGCUGAAUGUUAAAAAUUAUGGUAGUUUUCAAGUUGUCAUGAUUGUUGUUUGAAAUAUGACGAGAAGACGGAUGAUAAUAGCAAUAUAUGCGCUGAGAAUUGGCUAAGAUUUUGACAUGCAAACCGGCUAUUGCUGAAGAGAUUGGCGAAGAGUUUUUGAGGCAAAAAGUU